CAUGGGAGCAGAUGGAAACUAUUUUCUAACUUUCCCCAUCCGUAGGUUAAGCCCACAAUAUGAAGAUCAAAUAGGUUUCAUGGCAGUGCCUUGGGAUAAACAAAGUGCAAGGUUCAUUUGGAGAUCAGAAAACAUUAACAAGUCCAAUUCAAUGCACAUUUCACAACUGCAAGAUGUCCCCACCCAACUCAAUCAUGCCAGGCUUUCCUGUACAAGAGUGUGUGUGUGUAUGUCUGAGUCAUGAACAGCUGUCUAUGACACUUUGAAAUUUCGCCAAGAAAAAGUGGGCGGACUUAAAUGGGAGGGGGAAGCGCCUUUAAUUCAUAAUGAGGGCAGGUGAUUGACAUCGUUUCCGACCAAUGGGGGUUGCGCGCUGAUGAUUGAUGCCCGGUACACCCAAUGCGGAGGGAGCGGUUGGUGAGCGAUCGGCUUGACGGUGCCCAAUCAGGAGAGGGGUGGGGCUACCGCUGGGCGGGUCCUGUUGCCAUGCCGGAGUCCGGGGUCCAGGCGCGGCGCAAAAUGGCGGAGAAAUUCCGCGCGGCCGAAUGAAGCCAAGGCCGCGAGGGCUGAGCAGAGGAUCCGUCGGCAUCCAGGUUCUGUCGGGAGGGGCUGCCGUUCAUCAGAGGAGGAGAACGAAGAUCCCCUUCCUCACCUGAGAGGCGGCGACGGGGUAAAAGCGUAAGCGCUUCCCCCCCCUCCUCCUUUCCCUUCCCUCUCUGAAGGAAAACCCGCUCUUAGGCCGUAGGAGUCCGGGGUGGAGGAGGAGGGGGGGUGUGAGCUAAAAGUUUCACUCAUUUUCAGAGACGAUGGGAAACACCUUGUCCUGUUGCGUGUCCCCGGGGGCAAGCCCCACGCUGUCAGGCCGCGGCGGGCUCCGGGGCCAGGAGCAGCGGCAGCAGCAGGAGCGGAUCGACGCUUACCGAGUGGAGGCGGAGCUCCGGGAACCCGAGCCCAGCCCCGGAACCAACCUGCAGCACAUCAGUGACAGGGAAGCGCCGGAAGAUAUGAACUUAGAAUCCAAUCCAUCUGAUCAUCCAAGAGCCAGCACCAUCUUCCUGAGCAAGUCGCAGCCAGAUGUGAGAGAGAAGAGGAAAAGCAACCACAUAAACCAUGUAUCUCCUGGUCAACUUACUAAAAAAUACAGCUCAUGUUCAACAAUAUUUAUUGAUGACAGUACUGUAAGCCAACCUAACUUGAAAAGCACAAUUAAAUGCGUUACGCUUGCAAUAUAUUAUCACACAAAGAACAGAGAUUCAGACAGAUCAAUAGAUAUUUUUGAUGAGAAAAUGCACCCGCUGACUAGAGAAGAGGUGCCAGUAGAUUAUUAUAAACGUGACCCAGAGCAUAAACACAUAUAUCGGUUUGUACGGACUCUCUUUGGUGCUGCCCAAUUGACUGCAGAAUGUGCAAUAGUAACAUUGGUAUACCUAGAAAGGUUACUGACGUACGCUGAGAUAGAUAUCUGUCCUAGUAACUGGAAACGGAUCGUGCUGGGUGCCAUCCUACUUGCUUCUAAGGUCUGGGAUGAUCAGGCUGUUUGGAACGUGGACUAUUGCCAGAUCCUGAAAGACAUGACGGUCGAGGAUAUGAAUGAGAUGGAGAGACAGUUCCUGGAGCUGCUACAGUUUAACAUUAAUGUUCCUGCUAGUGUUUACGCCAAAUAUUACUUUGAUCUGCGCUCUCUGGCAGAUGACAACAAUAUGAAUUUUCCUUUGGAGCCACUCAGCAAAGAGCGAGCACAGAAACUAGAGGCAAUCUCCAGGUUGUGCGAGGACAAAUACAAAGACAUGAGCAAAGCUGCUAUAAGGCGGUCACUCAGCGCUGGCAAUUUGAUAGGAAUUAGUCGUUCUAAUGCCAUCCUGUCCUAGGAAGGAGACUUUAUCCCAUCGGCAUGUAUUGCACCAGCAGAGACAGAGUCUUCCAGCUGGGUGACUGAAUCUUUCUACAGCUGAAUCCCAAGUCUCAGCUCCUGGCACUGAAGAGCACACUUAAGAAAUUAACAUUAAAUGUUGCCCACCUGGCUACAAGGCCCUUUUUAGGAGAAGGAAGGAAAAAAAAAUGAUUUGACACUACACUGACACAGCAGUGUGGAGAUUUUUAAUGCUUACUGUGUAGGCCUGUAACUGAGACGUUCCUCAAGCUUUUAUUUUAAUUUGUCCUAAUUCAAAGAAACAAUAUCCAAACCAAAUUGAAAUCAUGUUGUGUGGACCCUAUAGGUAGGCUGGGACAACAGAAGCCAAGUGUGAGAGUAAAUAGUGUCAGAACAGGGGCGAAUAACUGACCAUGUGCACUGUGCAAGUUAAACAAACAUCAAGGCUCUCCAGGUGUAAAGCUGUCUCUCAGGCAUAGGAAGGACUUAACCAGCAUGUAUUCGCACAUAUUCCUGUGAUGCAGAUUUUAAAGCUGGAAUAGAUUUCUCUUUUGCCACCAAUCAUUUCCUCAUAAUUCCUCUCCCUUCCCUCCCCCACCUCAAAACCAGCUGGUCCUCGACGUAUUUGUUUUGGACAUUAUCUAUAUAAUUGCCUUGCUGGCUGGUAUAGAUGAGAACUUGCAUUUUUUUUUAGCACCUUUUUAAAGAAGUAAAAACUCUCAAGGCAUUUCACCAGCUUACCAACAUUGAACCACUGGUGAUAUUGGAACUGGUGAUCAAAAGGUUUGUUCAAAGACUUGGUUUUCACGGAUAAUUUUAAAGGAGGGUAGAUAGGUGAAGAGAUUCAGGGCUGGGAUUCCGGAGCUCAGGGGAUAAGCAGCUUGACUCAUGAUGUAUGACUAUGUGUGCAUCUAUGCUGCUGAAAGCUCAGUCCCACCACCAUUAAUGUGUCCAAAAGCAAAAAUUCCCAAGAAGGCUGGGAAUCUGAAACAAAAGCAAAAAUAAUAGUAACACGCAGCAGCAAGGCAGCAUCUGUUAUGAAAAAAAAAAGUUAAAAUUCAGAUCGAGGGCCUUAAAUUGAUGUGUCCAUCAGUCCAAAACUUAGCGUCUUGAAGAUGACAGUAUUACCUCAGAUAAAGGGCUCUUACUGUGUAAUCAGCCUGUAAUAAAAAUGUACCACCACUCUGCAGUGUGAAAACAAUUUCCACAGAAGCUACUGGGUUUUAAACUGCUGUUUUUUUUAUUUUGGGGAUUAUUUUCCUUUGCUGAAUGUUGGCUGUGGAAGGGAGCCGAAAAAGCUGAGAGUCUGCAAAGGGAAGGCAAGCCUGAUGGGGGUGUCUUGAGUGUCAGGGUCUGCCAGCCCCAUAUCUGGUUCACUCAGUUCCUGUAAGUAAUCAUGCACAGCAGUCCAAUGUCUUCACUACACAUAGGGGCCCAUACUGCCAGUCAUCAGUUGUUCUCUGAUUUGUGACAUUGUCUCAUUCUCUUGACAUAUACGUGACCCUAAAUACAAAAUGUGAAUGCUUGUAAGCAAAUGACAUUAAAUUUGUACAUAAACAGGCCAUUUGGCCUAACAGGUCAGUA